AUGGAACUCAUCAAGACAGAAGUUGUCGAUGAUGUUGCUGUUGUUCGCCUUCUUUCUCCAGAUGGGCAGUUUCCUUGGGGCACUCGCGUCUUCGAGCACCGCAUCAACCCCCUUCUCAUCCGGCAGGUCAACAUGGCGCUGGAUCUCGCCGAGACACAGGGUGUCAAUGCACUCACGGUGAUAGGCGAUGGGCGCUUCUUUUGCAACGGCAUGGACCUCCAGUACAUAUCCGCAAAUGUGGCAGAGUCCACCAAGAUCCAAGCCGACGCUGAGAUGCUCAUGUCCCGAAUCCUUACCCUCGGCAUACCGACGAUUGCCGCGGUCAAUGGGCACAUCACUGCGGGUGGGGCCAUGCUCGGCCUGGCCUUCGACAAGCGUCUGAUGCCUGCUGACUCCCCAGGCCUGUUCUUUGUGCCUGGUAUUGACAUCGGCCUGGUGUAUUCUGCUGGGAUGACAGAGUUGAUGAAAGCAAAGCUGCCCACGACCAUGUGGAAUGACACCCUCUGUAUGGGCAAACGCUACCAAUCCAAAGAGCUCAAAGAGAACGGAGUUGUGGAGGACACUCCGCCUGCCUCAGAGCUGUACUCCGCGUCCAUACAGCUGGCCAAGUCUCUGCGAAGCAAAGGCAAAGAUCCAAAGACUCGUGAGACGAUGCGUGGAAUUAAAAACAAUCUGUACAAGGAUGCCGUGGCGCUGCUGGGGCAGAAGGUGCAAGACAUGGGCUUUGCUGACGGGACUUUUGAUGCCACAGGCAGACCCAAGAAGGCGGAAGAAAAAGAGAAUACAGAAGCAGAAGAGAUGUUCUGGACAGCCGUUACCUCGCAUGCUGGAUCACCCACUGCAGCAAUGGCUCAGUUCAGCGAUGAUGCCUACAACACGAAGCUGCAGCCAGGAACGGGUGCUGGAACGCUCAUUGGCAACUGGUUUGAGGAGCGUGUUCUCCGCGACUCCUCGGGAGAAGGACGAAGUGUACCUCAACGCCACGUGCCUCGUUCUGGACUGCUGAAAGAUUGGACCAAAGUGCCAACAGUGCCCAGGAAAGGUGAUGAUACCUUCGACCGUGUUUAUGGCCCCAAGAGCGGCUUGCAAUGGGAGCCUGCUUCGCACACGAUUGGCAAGGUUGACGACUCCACGCCGAGCAUCAUGCGCGAGGGGCCUUUGGCCACGGCAUUGAAAAGUGCUCAUCACGAGGGCGCUGAGACAGACGUCCAACAAGAGGAAGGAAUCAUCGAGGAAGUCAAUCACGCCAGGUAUUUCGAAACCACUACCGGCGUGGGGCACCAGAAGCCAGACUAUACAGUCGCCGAAAAGGCGACUCAUACGUCGAAGAGCUACGCACAAGAAAUUCGGUGCGGACCGGAGCCCGAUCUCAUGCCGGCCUUGGGCAACGAAGGCCUGGAGGUGCCUUUCCACGCGCACUACUCGGGCGUCGAGCAGGUCACUAACCAGAGGAUGUUUCUGGCAGAUCCCGAGUUCAGGAACAACGUGACAGCAUCGGCUGCAACCGGUGUGGGAGCUUUCCAUCGCAACGCGGAGUUCACCAAGGGUUGCGACAAGUUCAUCUUGGGCGUGCACAAGGAUGAGGCCCUCAACGCCAUGUAUGCUGGGCUGAAGGACACCCAGCCCUUGAGGCAUCUAGGGGGCGAGUAUGCUCCAAAUCACUUUGCCGAGAUCCCGUCUCUCGCGGCUCUCAAAGCCGCAAUCCAUCAGAAGGUCCACGAGGUUUGGGGCUCCAUGGGCUACGUGUCAUUGCGGCAGAGGCUUUUUGACUUCUGCGACCACGAAGGUUUCGUCACCAAAAGCGAUGUGGUGGCUGUGUUGAGGGAGCAGCUUGGCGUCGCAGAAGAGGUUCAAAGCAAGCCGUUGGAUAUCUGGCUGACGCAGCUCGUUACCAUGAAGAAGGACGAGCUCAAAGCUUCCUCCUUCAUGUCAUCGUUGCGUCCCGCACUUCCACAGAAGGACAAGCGGCGCGUGGCAACAGCGUUCAAGCUGCUGCAGGGCCCCAACAGCAACGGCGUAAUUCGCCUGGGUGAUUGGCUGCAGAGGCUGGAUGACAGCGAAGUGAAGCAGACCGUUAUUUUAGCCUUCGGUGCCGAGGAGGAGGAGGCUGUGGCAAAUACCGCGGUCACGGAGCGAGUCUUCUUGGAGCUCUUCUCGGAUCUGGCACCGUUUCUUGACAUCGGCUCCUUGCUGCAGUGA